GUGUUAUCGCAUUGCUGAUCACGUGAAGAUAAGAAACAGCAGCGACCCACUCCAGCUAUCGCCCGUGGGGGCGGGAAGGAUGCCUGGCUGCAUGAUGCUUUCUCCUCCAAAAAAGUAGUCUCGUCGCAACAUCUUGCACGUAAUUCUCCAAUUGGUUUGCGCCGCAUCGUGCCUAACUAACAGCAUGGCCAGCUUUCCCACGUUCGAUCCUUCUCGUCUGACGAAGAAGUCCGCCGCGCAAUACUCUUCCGAGUCGGAAGAAGAAGACGACGAUGACUACCUCGCGCCCGUCACAGACCCAUCCCAAGGCGACGACUUUGGCGACCUGAACCCACGAAAGCGCCGGCGCGUUGGCAACACCAAGGAGAGCGCCGCGCUGGGAAUAUUUGGAUCCGACAGCGAAGACGAUGGUCCCGGACGGCGGUGGAAGAAGAAGACUCUGCGCAGCAAGGGCAUGAGCUUCGUCUCUAAGGGCACCACUACCCUCGAUCAAGACGAUAAAACAAACGACACGGACGCCAAGGAAUACUCGGACGACUCGAAUGAAGAUAACGAUAACGACGACGACGACGACGGCGACGAUGAUGAAGAUGAGGUUGGCGGCGUCGGGCUGGGGUUCGGCGGAGCGCAGCGUGGCUUGGGCUUCAAGCCUGCCCGAGCCGCGGAGAGCGACGACGACGCUGACGCAGCUGGUGCUCCCGUGCGAUCGUUUGCGAAGACUAAGUUCGACGGCAAAACCCCGUUCGGUCGCGGCUUCGUACCCUCAUCCGCCAACGUACCCGUCUUGAGACCCGAUGUACAAGAUGCACCUUCCACGCCAAAGGUGGUCCAUCCCAGUGCCUUCAGUGCCAAGGGCAAGGCAAAGCCCAACCCAAAGUCGUUUGGCGCGCGAAUGAUGGCAAAGAUGGGCUACCAAGAGGGCGCUGGUCUCGGAAAGGAGGGGCAAGGCCGAAGCGUCAUCAUCGAAGCGCACCUUCGACCGCAAGGCGUUGGUCUAGGUGCGGUAAAGGAGAAGUCGGAGCACGAGAGAAAGGAGGAAAAGCGACAGGCCAAGUUGAGGGGCGAGGAGGUCGUUGAUUCGGAUGAGGAAGAAAAAAAGAGGAAGAGGGAGCGAAAGAAGAAGACGGCCAGCGCAGGCGGCAGCGGCGCCAGCACCCCGAAACGGCAAAAGCCCAAGUACAUGACGGCGGAAGAAAUCAAGAAGUCUGCCCCCGGCCUUCACAUUCCAGAGGCUUUCGCCCCCAUUCUGGACAUGACAGGGCCGGGCAACAAGCUUUUGACGACCGCGUCCGGACUCCUGACCCCGACCUCCUCUGCAGUCGUCGAGUCCCCCGAGGUGGUGGCUGCUCGCAAGUUGGUCAAGAGAGCACACGCGGAUUUGGCAGCUUUCUCGGAGGAAUGGCGGAAUCUGGAAGAGCGCAAGACAUGGGUCGACUUGGAGCUGCGCGAGAGGGAGCAGGAGAUGGCGGACCUCGCCUCGGACCUGGGCAGGCUUCAAGUCUUUUCCAACAUCGUCACCGAUGAGCUCCCCUCAGCCACCGAAUGGGAGGACGUCAUCCGCUGCCUGGAGAAAGCAGUUCAACAUAUCGGACCGACGACCGACGAAACUGCGGAUCUCGCCGUCGCAGCUAUUCACCCUUUCUUCCGUGACCCCGAUUGGAACCUGCUCGAGCAACCGACUCGGUUUGCCACAGAGCUGAAGGGAUUGGGAAGCAUCUUCACAAAAUCUGGCGAGGGUCACAAGACCGUCAACAAUUGGGAGUCGACUGGUCUGAAUGCCAACGACCUCUAUCGCCAGCACCAAAAGGCGACGACGCCCUACGAGACCAUGAUGUACAAGCUUUGGUACACAAGGGCCGUUUCGGCCGUCCGCGACUGGGAUGUCUUCGACCCUACGCCGCUUCUGGCUGUCCUGGAGGCCUGGUCAGACCUGUUGCCAGCGUUCGUUCGUGCGCAGUUUCUCGAUGCCGUCGUCCGCAAUCUGGAAACGGCUGUGACGGAGUGGAACCCGAAGAAGAAGCGGCAGAGCCACAAGCUGCCUCACCUCUGGCUGUUCCCCUGGCUCCAGUACCUGCCAUCGUACCACCUGGAGCCCAAAGGCACAGGACUGGUCGCCGAUGUGCGCAGGAAAUACAGGCAGCUGAUUGACGUGUGGGAGUUUGACCGUGGCGUCAUCCCGGGCCUGGAACAGUGGCGCGAUGUGCUCGGCGACCAAUGGCGCCCGCUGAUCAUGAGCCAUGUGUUGCCGGCGAUGGGCCGCUACCUACGCAAGAACUUCAGGGUCGACCCGAGCGACCAGGAACCCUACCUCCCCAUGCUCACAGGCGUGCUCGGGUGGUCCGGCAUCCUGACGCCCAAGGUAAUGGGCGAGGUUAUUGUCGCAGAAGUGUUCCCGCUGUGGCACGAGAAGCUGUCCGAAUGGCUUGGCUUGGAAGACGCGAACUUUGAGGAGAUUAGCGCGUGGUUCGAGUGGUGGAGAGACGACGUCCUCCCCGAGGACGUCAAGAACCUGAAUUCGGUCCAGGCGGAAUUCGUCAAGGGCUUUGCCACCAUUGAGCAGGCCUUGUAGGUCCAAACCAGCGAUGCCGCCAGCUCUUGAGAGCUUACGCGCCAUCAUGUAGACGUAUCACACUGUGCAUCCAAUACCCUCUUUGCUGUACCAUGCGGGUUCCUCAGGAACCGAAAGUAGCUGUAAUCCUUCCGUCGAUGGCAAGCCAUCAUAUGUGUUUGUUCAGAAGUCUUUACUGCGUGUGGAAACGAAAGGUCUGCCGGUUCCCUCCGGUACCGAGACUGUCAGGUAGUCCCAGCUUCCCUAGAAACGGUACCUGUGGCAGUCCCUUGGCCGGGCCAAGUCGAGCUUUACAGUCACCAUUAGCUGAGAGGAAAGAGGAAAGAGAGGCUCCGUCGAGAACAGCUUUUCCCUCCAUGGCAAUACUCGGGUUUGAGAACUCUGGCUCCUGGGGGCCAGAAUGAAACAAUGAGUUGCGGGUUUGGGCCACUGCAAAUCUCACAAUUCAAUCAGAUGCCGGUUAUGUAAAUAUCGUGCCCCGAUG